AUGCUUACUCAAUCAACUCUCGAUAAUUACUAUCGGUCUUCUCGUCGCAAACCACCAUGUAAUGCAUUCCCUGUUAUUUCCCAUCAAAUUGAUAUAGAUAGGAAUGAAAUCACCACCUCAACAUCGCUUUCAACUCUGAGCAGAACCGCCACUUCUACCACCAUAAAAAUCACUCCUGACAGCAUCGACCCAACAAAUAUCAUCAUUACUACCGCCACCACCACAGCCAACAAAAAUGCCAACAACAACAACUACAUCAAUAAUAGCAGUAUCGAAAACAACAACAACAAAAUCAAAAACGACAACAGAAACAGCAACAGAAACGACAAUGACAGUAAAGAUAAAAACAUCAACAAAACUUACGUAUCCGCCAUGAAUUCAGUUGUCGUCAACAAUCAUAGCGAGUCGACAAAUGUAGAUUCAAGAAACACAGUCCAAAACAUUUCAGUUAGUUCGAAAGAUUCUGAUACAGCUACAAAUAAUUCAAGCACAGAUAUAUCCUCCACUAAGACUGAUUUAGAGUGUGGGGCCAGCACUAGCAUUCGCGAUUGCUCUGGUAAAACGAAGGAGAAUUUGAAAGAACUUCGCGAUAAAUCGAGUAAAAAAAUAAAGCAACAUGAGCGACAGAUUUCUACAGGCUCCUCGGAAUCACAGGAGGCUUCAUCUUCACAAUUGAAUAGUAUCGAGAACGAUGCCGAAGAAUACGAUUUUUGGAAAAAUUUGUGGCACUUUUCUGAGGAGUGUGUGGUCUUGGAUUUAGAUAAAGAUGACUUCGGUGAAACUGUAGUCGACAAAAUUCAAGAGAUUAAAAAGAAAGUUUAUCAGGAUUGUGUUCGCGUUCGAUUUAAAGGGAAAUUAUAUAGCACAUUGGUCGCCAGGUAUGCAGAACGUAACUUUCCACAGGUGAAGCAGUCUUGCUGCAAAAUGGUUAUGUUAUAUACAAGCAGAUUCCGAGCUAAUAUCAAACGGUUGAGUAGUUCGGAAUGGGCAAGACUCAGGAAAGAACUAUUGGCCCUAGACAACUGGUUAUCAACAAACGCUGAUAUUUAUGACAAGGAUUAUAGAGAUGUCAUCAUGGCUUUGGAUUCAUGCAAGCACGGCACUUCUCAGAGUGUUCAUCAAGUCAAUGAAGAGCAUGCAGAUGAAGUGAUUUCAACCAAUCCAAUUGCAGCACUUGAUUCUUCUGCAUCCACAAAAUCAUCUCAACUUAUUGUUGUCACCGAAAAGGUUGAUCACUCCUUGACGAAUAAUAUCGGUGUUGUGGAAAAUGUACAAGAGAUUCCUGAUAAUGCAAAUCUUGUCGCAGAAUCAGUGCCCGCAGAAGAAACUUUUCGUGAAAAUGCCCCCGAAAUUGGCAGAGUUACAAGAUUGUGCACCCCCGAGGUACAAUAUGGGGGCCGAAGAAUGUGUGAAGCAACUUACAUAUUUGAAAAGUGUACCAGAUCUCUCGAAGACGUUAGUACUUUACGAAAUGUUGACUUGCUGGAAAUAAAACCGCGACCCAACUCAUCUCCACAAUUUAAAUCACUGGUCUGUUUGACGAAAAUAGAUAAUGAAGCUGUGGUUCCAAAAACUACCGAUGCAGACCCACUGAAAAGAGAUUGUGCUCUUAUGGUCUCGAGUGAAAAACUAGUUUGUGCUCGCCCAAGCAUCCCAACUGAUAAAUUGAAUCAAGACUUACAUCCAGGUGUCACUGUUGAAAGAGGCAAAGUUGAUUACUGGGAAGGGAAUCAACUACAAUCCACGGAUUUAAUAGAGUCCAUUUCCAUGGAGCCGCGAAACGUAUCAAUAGAAGAUUCAAGUCCUUUGAAACUGGAGACAGUGGAGAGAUUUGAAGAAUUAUUCGAUACCAAAGUAAAACCCUUUUUACCGCCAUCCUGGCAGGGACAGUCACCCAGCGAGAGCGACCCCUCAUUUGUGUUCAUACAGAAGGAGAUCACUGAAAUUGCUCGCAUGAAAAAGAAAUUCAAGACCGAUUGCCAAAUUGAAAUUGGUUUCUUUCAUCAAAUGUUUCACCAUCAUUUGUUGUGUACAGGGACUGAUGAAGGAUUUACGAAGCGAAACGAAAUCGAAAAGAAAAUUUACAAAAGAGUUUUGUCUUUGUAUUAUCUUGUUAUGGGGCUGCUCGCACAAGUCGGCGACCAGCAGAAUAAUGUCUCCCAUGAAAAUUUAAAUGCUGAAAGGUUGGUUGCACUUGGCGAAAUAUCUAAUGAAGUUUUCAGGUUCUUGAUUCAGUUAUUGAAAAAAUGGGAUGAACUCCCCUUUUGCAGUAUAAGGUAUAUUAGAACAACGAACCAGGCAUUGGACACUUUGUUGCAGGAGAUUGAGAGAAAGUUUGGCGAAGUUGUUGAAAGCAUUGACGGUGUCAUGUCAUCCCCAGUAAACAAGGGAAGUGAAACGAAUGGUUCAAGCAUACAAAGAAAAAUAUGUUUGGAAAAAAUAAAAAUCAAUGAAAACACAAAAAGAGGUUUCCCGUCCAAAAAUGAGGUGAACUGUGUCCAGCAUGAAAAUGCAGAGACAAAUGUUUCGUUCGUAAAUGUGAUAAAAAGCUCUGUUCCAGUAACGGGGUCUUCAGAGAAGAGAAGUGAAACUGUGAUUGAACUCGGGGUAAAAAAUGCCAAAGAGGUCAAUCUUGUGUCUAACGAUACGGCGCAGAAGAAGAAGAAGAAGAAGAAGAAGGGGUGGGCGUAUAAAUAA